CGUAAAUACAAGUUUAAAUAUAUUAAUUCACCUUUAAUCACCUAUGGAAGUUAUUACUAUCCUGUCAAAAGUAUACUAUACUAAACUUUUGACAUCCCAAGUCCUCAAAGUAUAAUUGAAGUGGAUCACAAAUAAUCAAAUUACACAAAAAUAUAUUUAUUAUUCAAUAUCACGAUUGCUUACAUAUUCAGAAAUUCAUUCCAACAUUUUUCGAAAAAAAUAUUCACAUUUUAUUACAUUCUAUGAUUAUAGCGACCAAACUUUGGCAUUAUAAUGAUAUAUGCAUAACCAAUAUAUUGGAAAGUAUGUAUAUACUUGACAGGAAGAUCGUGGACCUCAUCCAAAACUUUGUUCUGUUUGUCUUGGUAGUUAUCGCCUGGGGCUAUGUGCUAUAUGCAGGACGUUUUAUAUCAUUGAGGUUUGUACCUGGCAAAUCAAGCAAUUGAUACUUCCCAGAAUAUACUUAAAACAUUAAUAAAUAAAACACCUUGAGAAGGAGUGACUCACCUGUGAAAAUAACAAUGGAUAUCGUGAAAGAAAAUGCAGGCAUGCUGAGUAAUAUGGAGGUCUAUACUCUCCUGACAGAACUACAAGCAGGGCAGAAUGGGCAGAAAAAGCCGAAUAAAUUCCAACAAAAUCUGGCAACAAUAAGCUAUGAAGCUGUAAAGUACUUAGAAAAUACACCAUGUAAAGACCAAACAACGGAAAUAGUUGCAAACUUCAUGAAAGCACUCGCUCCUUUCAAACUGACAAAGGCUGAAAAGCUACAGCUGUUGAAUCAUAGACCGACAUCAGCUGUGGAAAUACAGCUGUUAGUUGAAGAAAGUGAGGAAAGAUUGACAGAGGCACAAAUAGAACAACUGCUUGAUGUAAUAGUUGAACAUUUAGGGUCAGACCCAGAACCAGAAGAGGAAGCCAUGGAAGAUGAAGCUUCGUAGCAAAAUCAUUUCAAUUUGUGGAAAUUAAUUUCAUCGUCAUUGAAAGAUGGCACUACUAUCACUCUAACUUCUUUAUAUUUUGAUCCUUACAUUAUGGAAAAAUAUUCUGAAUUGGCAAAUAUAAAAACCUUUAACACUAACAUUGAU